AUGGGGCUGGGAAAAAUUUGGCUGCGGGGCCGUGUUGUGCUCGCCUGCUCCAGCUGCCUGCGCGUCGGCCGGCCGGCCUGCCGGUCAGUCGGUCGGUCGGUCGGUCGGUCGGUCGAUCGAUCGAACCGCCAGUCCGUCCGUCUGUCAGCCGGUCGGUUCAGCCACGGCCGGCGAAAGCCGUCAAGUCGGGCUCGCGGCGGCGGCGGCGGCGGCAGCGGCGGUGGCGGUGUGUCUUGUGCACACAAUCUGCUGCCGAGGCGAGGUGAUCAGGACGAGCGCAAUGAGCGUCGUCUCGCGCCGCGCCUCGCUCGCCACCUGCUGCGCCAGACGGGCCCAAGCUAG